UCACUGCACGCAGUCAUGGCCUGUGUCGCCAGACUGGAUUUCUGUGUCUCCAUCUAGCACCGGUCUUCGGGGAAUUGACUGCCAUGUUGCUUGAUCGUCGUCUUGCAACCGUGGUUUCUGGUCUGUUGGCCAUCACCACGGUCAGCGCUGCCUGCACCUCCGACCUCAUCAUCGACGACUUUACCAAAUGGGUUGAGGGAACGAACAAUCUGAAUUAUCCUAACGGAGACGAUGCAUCUAUGACAUCCAUCGCUGCCGCUGCGGGCAAGGUUCAGUUCAUUCCCAAAGAUGGCGGGUCGUACUUUUACGAGUCCUUCUCGUGCCAACAAGCCGUCACCAACGGUUAUGGCGGAAUCCAAUUCACUCUUGAGGGACCAGCUGGAGGGUCUGUUGCACUCGAGCUACAGACAUCUGCGAGUUGCAACGCCAGUGAUACAGCCAACUACACGAGCUCCUACAAUGUCAUCAGCAGCUUGACGGGAAGCCAGCAGACCAUCGACCUGCCACUAUUGGGCUUCGACAACAACCCCAACUAUGAUGCUAUUGUUGGACUGGUCUGGUCCGAGUUCUCUAAGACCAAUUCCAUCUGGUCCAUCGGCAACAUCAAGCUGACUUGCGGGGCUGUGGCUGCUCCGACCACCACAACUGCCCCUACCACUACACCCUCUUCCACAACCCGUUCCGUAGUAACCUCCACGACUCGCUCCGUUAUCACAACGGCCACCAGGUCCACAUCCGCCAGUCCGACAGCUACUGCCUGCUCGAACUUGCUGAUCGACGACUGGGAGUCGCAAUCCCGCCUGACCUUCUUGGGCUACAAUGCCAUGAAUCAAGCCUCCAGCGAUGACGGCACCAUGUCCUCCAUCGUGGUCAGUAACCACCGCGUACUGCUUACCCCCAAGGACCAACAGUCCUACUUCUACAGCCAAUUCGGCUGCCUCAACACUAACAAUAAGUACGGCGGCAUCUCCUUCCGCAUCCGAGCCGCACGCGGCACCACCUUUGCCGUACAAAUGUCCUACUUUGCAACCUGCGGCUCCAGCACCGGCCGCAAGACCAUAUCCAUGACGUCCACGCAGCUCAAAUGGACAUUCGACGGCACCGAGCGCCUCUACUGGUUUCCCUUCUCCGUCUUCACCGGCCUUGACACGACGAAGCUCGAUAUGAUCUACUUUUCGUCCUUCAACGCCGCCGUGAUCCUCGGGCCCAUGUCCUUCUACUGCGGCAGCACCGCAUCCGAAUACAUCCUCCCCACCCUCCCGCCCCCCUCCAACACGGGCGCGUCCCCGACCGUCCCCGCCCCUUCCUCCAACGCAAAGCCCUUUGUCAUUGACACUUUCUCCAACCAAGACACCAACAGCCUCGGCCAGUGGCACGGCGGCGACGACGGUAUGACGGUCACCUUUGGCAAGAACUCCAUCACCAUCCGCACCAACGAUUCUGACCUAGGCUGGAACACGCAGCUGGCCGCCAAAUGCUUUGACCUGACCCCCUAUUCCACCGCCUACCUGCACGUCGCCUAUCGGGGGAGCAACAAGUUCUCGAUCGCCCUCCAACAACACAACGCCCAAUGCGACGAGUCCAUCAAACCCUACCCCGAAACCUGGGACUCGCUCGAAGCCGCCCGCUACUCCUUUGGUGGGUCCGACAUCUACAUCCCCCUCUCGCACUUCGCCAUCAACCUAACCCGCACCAUCGGCUUCAACCUGCGCGGCUUUUUUUCCCCCUCCGAAUCCACCACCAUCUCCGCACUCGAAAUCGUCUCCUCCGUCCCCUCCUCCUCCUCCGGAGUCUCCAUCCCGCACAAACUCCCCUCGGGAAAAUUAGUCUUCGCCUGCACGCGCCCGAACAGUUUCGCCUUCGCCAUCGACGACGGCGACCCUAAGCUCGCCGCGCGCGUUGCGUCCAUCGUUUCCGCCGCCUCGAUCCCCGUAACUUUCUUCACCGUCGGUUUGCCUUUGCUCGAUCCGUCCACUAACCUAUCAAAAAUCUACCGCGACAUGGCGGCAAGGGGCCACCAGAUCGCUUUACAUUCGUACACCCACCCGAAAAUGGAAGGACUACCGACUAUCGCCGACAUAGACUGGGAAUAUACCAACGACAUUGGGGCUGUGCGACAGACUUUCCCUUCCUCUAAGGUAUCCCCCUAUUUCCGUCCUCCGUUUGGGACAGAAGGGGCAAGGAUGCGUCAGCGCUUAGUCGAAAACUUGGGUGAUGAAAACGCGCAUAUAGUGGGGUGGAGUAUCGAUGUGGAAGAUUGGUUGUGGGCUGAGAGCGAUACCCCCGAAAAACAGUUGGAGGCGUUCAAGAGGGAUUUGAAAGCUGGGGGAAAUCUGGUGGUGAUGCAUUACUUGUAUGAGAGCACGGUGGGGUAUUUGGAGGAGUUUAUUAAGCUUGCCAAGGGGACGGGGAAGCGGUUGAUGAGGGUUGAUCAGUGUAUGGAGGAUCCUAAUGCGCCGCCUUUGACGUAGUGUGGAGGGGGUUGGAUGGAGCAUGGAGGUAAAUAGGUAG